AGGCACACUGUUGAUUGAGUGUUUUUGUCAUGUCGGGACGUGGCAAGCAGGGCGGCAAAGCUCGUGCCAAAGCUAAGACCCGCUCUUCUAGGGCGGGUCUUCAGUUCCCCGUGGGCCGAGUGCACCGACUGCUCCGCAAGGGUAACUAUGCCGAGCGGGUCGGUGCCGGCGCGCCUGUGUACCUGGCGGCGGUGCUGGAGUACCUGACCGCCGAGAUCCUGGAGCUGGCUGGGAACGCGGCCCGCGACAACAAGAAAACCCGCAUCAUCCCGCGCCACCUGCAGCUGGCCAUCCGCAACGACGAGGAGCUCAACAAGCUGCUUGGUAAAGUGACCAUCGCCCAGGGUGGUGUUCUGCCCAACAUCCAGGCCGUGCUGCUGCCUAAGAAAACUGAGAGCCACCACAAGGCCAAGGAUGAAGGUCUUGUGAUGUUGCCCAGGCUGAUCUGUGACUCCUGAGCUUGCACAAUCAUCCCACUCCUGGACUCAUGCAAUCCUCCCACCUCAGCCUCCAGAGUAGCUGGGACUACAGGCAGGUCACUGAGCCUGGCCUCUAUUAAUUCUUACAGUAAC